AAACCUCUAUAUAAACGAGGUCAUCCCCUUCGUUUCUGAUCUCCGCUGCCCCUACAACUCUCUCUCUCUCUGCUCCUCUUCCCAAGCAUAGAGAGCUUACUCUGCCACGGUUGCACGCAGCAAUAUUCAUCAAGAAAUGCAGAAUGAUAAAUCUCCCACCGAUGACGGCAUCAGUUCUUCCGCUUCGACCCUAUCGCAAGAUCAGCGGCUCCCUUCGCAAAAUCGCCAAUCUGAGGGCAUCGGCUUUACCUCGCUCUGCUCGUCUUCAUUCCCUACAAAAGCAUCUGUCUCGAACUCCGUUUCACUAAGCCCCUCUGGUUGCUCCUGCGACGAAGAUAAAAAUGAAAUAGCCACAGAGAAUCGCCUUUACCUCGCUCGUGUCACAUUGGAGUACGAUCAACUGCUGGAUCGGUACCGUUUAUGCUACAGUCAUCUUCAUGAGGCACUGAAAGAAGUUGAAGCCUUUCGGCAGGAGAUCGCUGAACUUCGAAUUGAGAACAGAGAUUUGAACAACCGAUUGAGACUCUUAGCCCAAACUUCCCUUCAGAACCGCUUCAUCCCCUCUAGUUUUCCUUCUCCAUCGCUCAUCAACGAUUUCCGUCGUCUGUGUCUUGGUGACCAUAACACACCUACCAGUUGCGUAUCGAGUGAACUUCUGGAUGAGAGUCCAACAAGUGUUAUAGGCAAUAAUCCAUUCGAGAGAAGAAGCUUGGAUCGGGGUUCGUUGCCGAAGAGCAUCUCAAUUCGUUCCAGUGGCUACCUGAAGUUGAAUCAAACCAGUGGGAGCAGCAAUGGAGCUUCAAGUGCCACAAGCCGACUUCGAGUUGCUAGUCCAGUCGACACUGGAACGCAACGUGUGUAUGUGGCGGGAUCCAGCGAAUUGGAAGCGUUCAAUCAAGGAAUGUUGAAGACUGAGUUGUGCAACAAAUGGCAGGAGACCGGCACGUGUCCUUAUGGGGAUCACUGCCAGUUCGCACACGGCAUCUCUGAGCUCCGCCCUGUGAUUCGCCACCCUCGGUAUAAAACGGAGGUUUGCCGGAUGGUCCUGGCCGGAGAUAACUGUCCCUAUGGCCACCGCUGCCACUUCCGUCAUGCGCUCACGGAGCAGGAGAGGUUCAUGGCAGAGCCCUAAAUGGAGAUAAUGUACGUGAAGUAGCAGAGAAAACAAAAAGGGGAAGAAUGAUACCUGACAAGAAAUUAAGAGAGCAGUAGGAGAACUGGGUAAGUUGUGGAUCUGUAUAGAGAUCUGAGGAUCUAAUAAUAUGAAAAGACUGGAAAAGACUUGCGGUAGUAGUAGUAAUAAACAAGGUAUGAAAGGUAAGGGUAACGGGUUACUUUGAUUCGUGAUCGUGAGGUUGAAAGACACUUGACUUCAGCCGACUGGGGGGAAUUUUUUUUUUGUUUAUUAAUUACAUGGUCUAAGUAACUCGUUUCAGUAAUUGGGCCAGUGACUCAGUUGAGUAGUGCAAGGAUGCAAGUUGUCCGCGCGAUUCUUUGCUUGCUGAUCGAAAUCUGGCUUUUGGCGGCUGCUGCUGCUGCUGCUGAAUCAUGUAUGACAAUAAUACAUGGAGAUCACCAACCAACCACAGGACCAACCUUUUGUAAUCAUGAUAUUUUGUACCGGCACAGAAAGCAACCUCGGUUGGAAUUAUCA